AUGACGUACGUGACCGGCGGCGACGUGGUGGCCAAGCGCUCGCCGUGGCGGCUCUCCAUCGUGACGGACGCGUUCUGGGGCGUCAUCAACUUUGUCGGACUCUUCUGGAAGGAGGCUAUUAACGCUGUCGUGCUGUGGCAUCUGAAAACGUCUCGGGGGGACCCGUCGACGGCGACUCGUCCGAACAGCAACAUCGGCCAGGGAUCGACUUCAAACCGCGGCUUGGGCGGCAACGGACGCGGAGGCCCGCGCCGCAUGGGCGGAGUGAACCACAGAGGCACCAUCAACAUGCCCAUGGGCGGAGGCUGCUGUGGCUAAGGCGUAGUAAAUCGGAGCUAAGCUGACUUGAAGCACAAUGCUCGUCGGCUUUUGCGUUAGCCUGCGGCUAUUCAAGAUCGAGUCACUGCUCCAGGUGCUCAAGAUGCUUUUCUUACGGAGUUGUGGACUUCAUGAGAUGCAACGAAGAAGAGAGCUAGGCGAGAGGUUUGGCUUGACACGCAGCAUAUAUUAUGUGAUCUCUUUCUAUGAAGAGUGAAGCAGCCAUCUUCUACUGCACC